GCAGCCUGCGCGCCUCUAUCGAACGAACGAUCAUCCCAAUGUUAAUCAGGGAAGCACGGGACAGUCCGCGCCCGGCAUAGCUGCGGCCAUGACGAAACAGCUGAUCUACGCGCCAUGACCCCUCGCGUGUUCGUGCCCCUGGUAUGCUACUGCUGCGUGCUGCCGCUUCUUUUGCAGGCAGCCGCUCAGGAGAACAACAAUAAUUAUCCUUCGGAUUUUGAUUUACCGGACGAUGUCCCGUCGAAUACUAGGGAGUAUUUACCACGGAACAUUAGUACCAUCAAUAACAAUAGUGACUAUUACAUCACCUCAUUUCCCACUUUGACCACCGACAACAUAUCCGCCACCCAAGACUCGAAGGGUGAUCCUCUAUUUCCUGAAGACAUAUUUACUGAUGAACAACUGAAAUCGGGCGCAAUCAUCCUUCACAUUCUUGGUGUGAUUUACAUGUUUGUCGCAUUGGCGAUUGUAUGUGAUGAAUUUUUCGUACCCGCCUUGGAUGUGAUCAUUGAGAAACUGGAGAUCCAGGAUGACGUGGCGGGAGCGACCUUUAUGGCAGCCGGUGGUUCUGCUCCCGAACUCUUUACCAGUGUCAUUGGCGUGUUCGUGUCUUUCGACGAUGUCGGUAUCGGAACCAUCGUCGGUUCGGCCGUUUUUAAUAUCCUCUUCGUGAUCGGUAUGUGCGCAAUAUUUUCCAGAACUGUACUGAUGCUCACCUGGUGGCCCCUAUUUAGGGACUGUUUUUUCUAUUCGAUCAGUCUUAUUGCGCUUAUCAUCUUCUUUAGAGAUAACCGGAUCCAUUGGUACGAGGCCCUGGUGCUCUUCUCGUUGUACAUAGCGUACGUUAGUUUUAUGAAAUGGAAUCAACCGAUGGAGCGAUUCGUUAAAAAAUUGGUCUACAAAAAUAAGGUCACACGUGUCAGGUCGACUGAUCAACUUAUGCCCACACACCAAGCCGCAGCUCAAGCUCUGCAUGGAACAGUAGCGACCUCUAGCGAGACCAGCGUGGGCACCCAACCGGGCGGUAGCGUGACCUCACGUACGGCCUCAGAGACGCCCCAGGUGCCCAGCACGACGUCCAGUGGGGCCCAUCAUACCGGCGCUAAGUUCCGUCAUGGCCUUUUGCAACUUAUGAUCCAUACUAUUGACCCCCUUCACGAUGGUCAGUAUGCAGGUAAAGUGGACGAAAAAGCAACUCAGCUCCACGCUAUUGCCUCACUAAAGGUUCUGCUCGACGCUACGAAGCCUCAAAAUGGCGCAGCGACAAGCUCAGCAGCCAGCUACGUAGCUACGGCCACAGCCUACAUGGAUAAGCAAGAGACGACGCUGGCGCCGUCUAGCUUAUCUUCGGAUAUGCCCAAUGGUAUUCCGAACGCUUUAGCUGAUAUUAAUUUAGAUGCGAGACGUAUGUCCGCUGUGCGCGCGCGCGCCUCGCGUAAAUCCCUCAGCACUCACGCAGUCGUCUCUCUGCAGGUGGCGGACGGAUCGACGGCAGGGGGCGCAGGCGUGAACGACAACGAUGACCCUCAAACCGAGGCCAUGGACAUGAGCUGGCCCCAGGGUGCACGCAAACGCAUCACCUACGUACUGCUAGCUCCGAUUGUCUUCCCGCUCUGGUUGACCUUACCGGACACGAGAGCACCUAGAGGUAAAAAGUUCUUCCCGCUGACGUUUCUGGGUAGCAUCGCAUGGAUAGCGAUCUACUCGUACCUGAUGGUCUGGUGGGCAAACCGAGCGGGCCAGACCUUCGGGAUCUCCCCGGAGGUGAUGGGUUUGACCUUCCUGGCAGCGGGUACCUCCAUUCCAGACCUGAUCACGAGCGUCAUCGUAGCGCGAAAGGGUUUCGGGGAUAUGGCUGUGUCGUCUUCUGUCGGCAGCAAUAUUUUCGACGUUACAGUCGGAUUACCAGUGCCUUGGUUGCUGUAUGGCAUCAUUUAUAGCGAACCGGUAGAAGUCAAUUCAUCUGGUAUGGUUUGCUCCAUAACCAUUCUGUUCAUGAUGCUGCUGUUUGUCAUUAUGUCGAUCGCAUUCUUCCGGUGGCGAAUGAACAAGGGCCUCGGAUUCACAAUGUUUCUUCUAUACUUCGUGUUUGUAGCUGUUUCGCUUAUGUUCGAAUACCAUUAUAUAACAUGUCCGGUAUAAGACAAAUGCGCGUUGCUUUAUUUAAAAAGACUUAGUACAUUUAACAAAACAAAUAAUAAUUUAUUUAAAUAGCAGUUUAAAAUAUGUUUGCGCGGAUAUAAAUACAGAAACAAGCAAGAAAUAAUGAUAUAAUUUGAAUGUUAAAUUAAUAUGAAAUACUAUUAUCACAUAUUUAGGGGUAGAAAAUAGAUUUUGCUUGUUAAAAUGUUUAAAAAACUAAAUAAUAAAUAACAAAGGCUGACAAAGAUCCACUGAAAUUAAGCUUUUAAAAACUUUUAGUUUUAAAUUCCUUCAUUUUGUAAUUUAUUUAACACAGUAAGUUCCGAGUUCUCGUUUAUUUUAUAAUUUUAAUAACUAUUGUUAAAUCUAUAUUUUAUAUGUAUUCAUAUAUACCCUGUUGGGUUACCUAAAAAUUUCAUUUUUUUUCAGAUUUAUUCGUUAAGCUUAUGAUUGAUUUUUACAAAAUUAAUAUAAAAAAAUUUAAAAAACGAAAGAAGUUAAAAUUUACGUUUUUAAUUGAUGCGAUGUUCUACCAAAAAUGUGACUUUUUUUGAGUUUAGAUUUCAUUCAUUUGAACAGAAGCAAAAACUACUUCCUCAAUAUAUUUCGUUGCAAUAAGUUUUUUUUUUUAAGAAAAAUAAAUAGUAUAAAUUAGCAACAAAUUAGUAAAUAGUAAAGUCUAGAAUGCUCCCCUGACCAUGAAGCAAUAACUACAUAAUCCACCUAAUAUUCUGAUUUUGCAGUAGGAGACAUUCUUCUCGAAAAAUUUUUAAAAAGCAGCAAAUAAAAAAAACGAAAUAGGCGACGAGCGUUUCUUUUUUACUUUAAUACUUGAUGGUAGAUCGGUAGCUUAGAUGAAAAAAAUAGCGUUUUUUAAUGAAAAUACAUUGUAAUAUUUAUAAAAAUAUAGUGCGUUGGUUAAAUCGUCUUGGACAUCCAGAAUUUGAUUGUUGAACUUUACCAAUUACGGGGCGUAUUAAGCUUUUCAUGGAUUCAAUCAAGAAGUAGGUGUCGUAACCAUUUAAGUUAUGCAUAAUUUCUAACUUUAAAGUUAAUAAGGUUGUAAACGUCGUGUAAAAUGAAAAACCAAAAUGUUUUUAAUAUUUUAAACGUUUUACAUAAAAGAAAUGAUAUCAAUACAAAAGUUAAAGUCAUAUGUUCAAAAAUUGUUAUGCAAAGUGUUCGUAAAUUAAAUAAGUAAAUGGGAAUUGUAUCUAUGUAAGAUAUACAUUAUUUCUUAAUCUUAUUUUAGUUUUGCAGUUUUUAGGAGUAAUCAAGCGGUGAAAGUGAUAUUUCUAUUAAGUUUGGGAAUAUUUACUAAUAGUUUUACACAAAUCUAUUUAAAAACAGUAUUUCCUCGGUUUUACCAUAUUAAACAAUUAUCA